GGCUAGAAAACGCAUUGAGAGAUCUUGGCGGUGACUGUAGUCAGGUUACCCUACCAUAUUGGGACUGCACUGCGGAAUACUACGCAGACUUCAUAGAACCGGACUCUGCUAAGCACUCAAUUAUCUUCUCAGAUAAAUUUGCAGGCAACGGGGAAUUUGUAAGAAACGGAGCAUUCAAAGACUGGGGACUUGUCCGAGAUGUCUCAUAUGGUUGGAUGCUGUUUGGUCGAGACCGAAUUGAGAGAUUAAAAAGAGAAGGGACAAAUGAUAGGAUAGCAAACCCAUAUGAUAGCUUGUCUAUAGAAUCGGACCAUAAUAGGAUACAUAAUUUUGUCGGCGGUGGUCUUCUGGAUAUAAGCAACGCUCCUAGAGAUCCCAUGUUUUUUUUGUUACAUUGUUAUAUUGAUUAUGUUUGGCAGGAAGUUAGGCUAGCAAUGCACGCUCGUGGUUUAGAUCCACAAAUAUACCCGUUUACAAGGGACUCCAACCAUUAUAAAGAUUUACCAAUGGACGGAUUUGGAGAUUGGACCAAUGAAGAGGGAUAUUCGAACCAAUGGUAUGGAAGACACGUGCGAUACGAACAGUCCUUUGACUGUGCGUCUAGAUGUGACGGCAUUGAAGGGUUAAGAUGCAUGGAUGUUAGCGAGGGAUGGGAGCGGCGGCGACAGUGUGUGUCUGUACGGCAAACACCAGUUACAACUCUACCACCUAUUACAACUCUUCCACCAUGGUGGAACUGGUGGAAUAGGAGGAAAAAGCGUGCUGUCGAUAGUCAACACGCCCACGACUGUGGCUCUGCUCAUUCCAGAAAAGCCUUGGAACCUAAAGUCCUUGUUUGUGAUAGACAAACCUGUCCAUCAGGACCAUCGUCCAUGCAGAACACGUUUAUUCUUAAUGACGUCACAGACGCCUCUCUUUGGGUUUACAUUCCUAUCAAGGUAAUUUAUGAAAGACCUCGAGGACUACAGUUCCAUGCGUAUGCCUGCUACACGGGAAAACACGCCCCCGCCAUCAACUCAACUAUCGACAUAUAUGAUCCAGCGUUUAACCCUGAUCUAGCACGACAUUUGUAUACCGGGGAAGCUCGAUCUUACGAGUCCUGUCGAAUCAGUGGCGAAGGUGCUGCGAAGAUUUUUAUAAGGGCUGAUGGCAUCAACUACAGUGGGAACUCUAUGGAAUAUGCCAUUAUGGACGAACGCUAUCCAUUAAGUUCACAAAAGGCAUUCAUCCCGAUAAAGGAUCCAACUAUCAAUGAUACAGAAGUGUGUUUACUGGCUUACGAUUCGUGCGGCAGACUUUGUCUACCCACAUGUCGUCUGAAGGGAUCCCAUCCACCUGCUUACGCACCCUGUACCGGCUGUGUCAGAGUCAACAAUGCCUACCCAAGGAUGUACGGACGGUCAAUAGCAGAUAUUGUAGCUGUACAGUGGAGCUUCAAUGACGUCGGCUACACUCAAUUCCUUGAUCCAACUGAGUCAGAUGAAGAUGUAUUUUUGAAGUUUGUUUGCGAUUCUUCCUCCAAAUUCCCAUGGCAACGGCAGGGACCUUCGUAUAACUAGUACUCUAUCGAAAAGUAAAUAUUUUUUCUUCUAAUUAAAACAAAAAACAUGUUUUGUUUAGGUAAUAGUAUAAGUUUAUUUUAAUCUUCUUUAUUAUGUUAAGAACAAAUAAAAUAAAAUAAGU